GACAUAGAGCUGAACAAGGUGCUGCAUAUGGAAACUAUCCAGUCAAAUGAAACCAAGGGCAGCAACCAUAUGGAGCUUGAAGGACUCAAGAGGACACUGCAAAUAUGCGAGGCUAAUGGCCUCGAGAUUCCAACUCUUGUGACUGACCGUCAUUCUCAGAUAAAAGCAUUUACAUCAAAGGAGACCUGCAUAGGGCACAGCUUUGAUUGCUGGCAUGUUGCCAAGGUGCUCAAAAAGAAGCUGAGAGCAGCAGCGAAGCUCAAGAAGUUUCAGGAGCUGACUCUAUGGAUUCCUGCUGUCAUCAACCACCUGUAUUGGUGGGCUCUGUCAAGUGGGGCGCAACCUGAGCUAAUUCUUGUGAAGUGGUGCUCCCUUGUCCGUCAUGUCGUGGACAUUCACGUACAUGAUGAAAGCCUUUAUCCAAGGUGCGAGCAUCAGCCAUUGCCUAAGAAGUGGUGGCUGGAAGAAGGAUUACUAGCGCACCAGAAACUGAAAACCAUCAUCCUAAACAAGGCUUUGCUGAAACACAUUCCUCGACUAUCCACGAGCACACAAACAUUUGUUGAAUGCUUUCACUGCACCAUCACUCAGUUCUCACCGAAAAAUACCCAUUUUGGGUAUUCAAGCAUGGUAGCCAGAACACGCCUUGCCGCACUUCACUAUUAUGAAAAUAGUGCAAGGCAGCAAGCAAUCACUGACAAUGGGACAAAGAGGUGGCUAGUGAAAUACCCGAAGGCAAAAAAGGCUGCAGUUGUCCCACCAGUGAAAGAAUCUUGCAGAUACGGUACACGGUUUGCAUGUUUUUGCAAACACAUUACCAUUUACUGUGCUUUCUUCCGGGCUAUGUGA